UGCUCUCAUCAUGGUCUUUGUUCUGACUAAUAUAGAAGUGUUUAAGUGACAAAUGUGUUUUCGUUUUUAAAUUAUUCAAUUUGUGGCAAUGGCAGCGAGUGGUAAUAAGGACGUGGUAAAUGAUCAGGCCCGUUACGAUCACUAUCGUAUAUAUAAUGUGCAGUUUGAUAAUGAGGAUCAAAUAAACUUGUUCCAAAAACUGGAACAGCAAAGCGAUAGUCUAACAUUUAUUGGUCAUGCACGUGAAGUUGGACAAAAGUUGUCCAUAUUGGUGGCCGCUCAUCGCGUAGCGGACUUUGCAGAUUUGCUCACGACGUAUAAACUAACGCAUCGUGUUUUAACGUAUAAUUUUCAGGAAAAGAUUGAUCAUAAUAUGAGUGAAGUAUUGCCGGAAAAUGUAGAUAUUGGUAACUAUGAUUGGAAGCACUACUUUCACUUGAAGACCAUUUACGCCUGGAUGGAUAAUCUGGCUGCUAAGCACGCGGAUAAAGUGAGAGUUGUGAACAUCGGCGAGAGCACGCAGGGCAAUGCCAUCAAAGGACUUAAGCUAGGUAACAAUCCAGCAAACAAAUCAAUCUUCAUUGAGAGUGGCAUACAUGCGCGGGAAUGGAUUGCUCCAGCUACAGCUACUUAUAUCAUCAAUGAACUGCUCCAUUCACAAGAUGAGCGCGUCCAAGCGCUGGCCAAGAACUACAAUUGGUUUGUGUUUCCCUGCGUAAAUCCAGAUGGUUAUAAAUACACAUUUGAGCACGAUCGUAUGUGGCGUAAGAACCGCCAACUAUUCGGUACCUGUCGCGGCGUAGAUCUCAAUCGAAACUAUCCUGAUCAUUGGAAUUCAACGGGCUCUAGCAGCGACCCUACGCGUUAUGACUUUGCUGGACCCAGUGCCGGCAGUGAGCUCGAGACUCAACGUAUAAUGCGGUUUAUAGGUGAACAUGUUGAACAAGACCAAAUCAAGACAUACAUUGCACUGCACUCCUACUCACAGAUGCUUAUGUUUCCUUUUGGCUACACCAAGAAGCAUGUAUCCAACUAUGAUGACUUGCAGGAGUUUGGCAAAAAGGCGGCAGCUGCCAUCAAGAUUGAGAGUGGACGUGACUAUGUUAGCGGGAAUCUUUACGAGACAAUCUAUCCCUCAAGUGGCGGCAGCAUGGACUGGGCAUAUUCCGAAGCUCAUAUACCUAUAGCAUACACAUUUGAGUUGCGUGGACCACCAGAUAGUGAAGAUCUCUUCAUAUUGCCCGCUGUGGAGAUACAGCCAACAGCCAGUGAAGCGUUCACUGCCAUUAGAACCAUUGUGGAGGCUGCCGCUCUUAAGGGUUACUACAAGUAAACAUUGCAUGUUUUUGUGUGGAAAGAUAGUGUCGUUUAACGUUUAGUGUUAAAUUUCACGUAAUUUCUCAUGCGAUAUUAUCUUUAAAAACAUAAAACAAUUGCUCUGCAGCUGCACGAUAAGGACUAUAAAUAAGCUCCAAUAAAAGCAACAGAAAAGUA